AGCUUUACCUCCUUCCAGUGGGAGGGUAUCUGUUCCUCUGUGAGCUGAGGGCAGCAGCCUCACCGCAGAUCCACUCCAGCUGAGAUGAAGUCCUGCUCUGAGCACUGCACUGAAAGAUUCUGAUGUUUGAUGUUCGAUGUCGUACAGUUUGCUGGCUAUCCGUGAGCGAUGGCUGCUGACUAAGAUGAGUGUGGGGGAAGGACACUGACACUGCGUGGUAACUCUAACAAUAGACGUCUUGGUUUGGGUGUACAGUUAAGAUGUUUAGGUGUGCUCCAGCUAUAUGCCUGUGGUUGGCUCUGAUACUGCUCCCUCCACUGCAAGCUAAGGUCACUGCCCCAGCCCAGCUGCAGGUAAGUUUGGGAUUACCCUUCUUGCUAGGAUGUAACGUGACCAUAGACGCCAGGGAAGUCCUCAAACAGGUCCGCUGGCUCGACGUCCGGAACAAGACCGUCCUCCAUUACCAGCCCCAGAAUUCUGGCAGCCUCACCAGAAGUGACGGAGUGGAGCUGGUCACCCAACAAGUGCACACCAGUGCCAUCGCCAUCCAGAAGGCCAAACCAGGGGAUGAGGGAUGCUACACAUGCGUGUUCGACGUGUACCCAACUGGGCAGCAGCAAGGAAAGACUUGCCUCUUUGUAGAGGCGAAGGUGGAAUCGGUUGGCAACAAAACAGCAGUUGGUGGAAAACCUACUACGCUCUCAUGCACGUAUGCUCUUUCGGAAAGAGUCCAACAGGUCCUGUGGAGGAAAACAGCAGAGCAGGGUGACACUGCCACUGUGGCCUCCUGCACCAAGCAGGGCAAGGUUACCGUGGAAGUGCCAUUCCAGGACCGGAUGAAGCUAAGCCAGUCUCUGGGGCACAGCCUACUGACCAUAAACCCAGUCCACACAGAGGAUGAGGGGUGUUACACCUGCGACUUCCACACUUACCCGCUGGGCUCAAGGAGCGUGACGGCGUGCCUGGCUGUGUAUGUCCUGCCCAAACCUGAAGUGAGCUCUGUCACCAUUGAGCCUGGCGUAGUCCAGGCCAACUGCACAGCCGUGUCCCGCCCUCCUGCGGAACUCAUCUGGAACGUGGAGAAUCAUAACCGCACACUGGGUUCCUCAGAGGCUUCAUAUUACCAGCGAGGGGAUGGCACCACUAUGGUGGUCAGCACUAUCCUGCUACAGGCUGGACUACUGGAUGAAAAGCAAGUGACGUGUACAGCCCUGCACCAAGGCCUGGAAACAAACAUUUCUGUUCAUUUGAACAAGACUGGCAAUACCCACAUCAUCCUCCUCUCUGUGGGCUGCGUAGUGCUUGUACUGCUCAUAUGCUUAUGUGUCUGUCUGAAGAAGUGCUAGCAACUCGCACUGAGAUGCCUGACUGAGAAGAACCAGGAUGAAUGAAAAUGCUGCUAUGACUGGACACUAAGCUGACACAGCUGACAGAGCUGCAGUGUGCCUUCUAUACAGUAUGUUUUAUGACUGGGCUGAUAGGUCUGUGGACUUUUUCUAUGGAAUGUUUCUGUAAAUCACCAUAUUAUCAGGAGAAAAUGGAGCUUGAUCAUUUCGUAAAAUAAUCAAAAAUGAAAACACUUUUCACUGGAAACACUAAAUGACCUUUAUUUUGUGUUAUAUAUUUUAUAAAAGGCUGAUGUCUAAGUUUCCCAGCCAGUCAAGAAUGUAAUCUGUGCUAAGAAAAAGAAACAUUUUCUUAAUGAGGCCAUUGUUGUCUGUGGUUAUUAGAUCAGAAGCCAGGCUUAUCACAGGGAAACAGUUUUACCACUGAACACCGUUUUUGCCCUCAAGUACCUUGCUAUUGUCUCCACGUUGCUAAGCGUGUGCUUUAUUUUCUGCGCGUGUGCCCCCACUAGAGGGAAGUGUACUCAUAGUCUGGGGACUUUUCCCUCACAUAGUCUUCCACAGUACACUACACGUAGUACAUUUUACAUACAUAUUGGACUAAAUAUGUUUGCCUCAUCGACAGUUUAGACAGUUUAUGUUUAGAUUCAAUGUACUUACCAUCGAUGGAACUGCUUGUACUGUUAUUUACUUAACUAGCUUUAAAAACACUAUGAGAGAAGUCAUUGUUUUGCACUGUCGUAUUGUUUAAUAUUGUUUAAUUGUUGUGCAAGCUUGUUUAUAAGUAUAGUGAGUCCCAAAUGUGGACUUGAUAUCCUCA